UCUUUUCUUAUUGUCCUCGGGGAAAACAUGCUGGAGAGAAGGAAAUAGGGCCCGGCUACGAAACUCAAAGCUAGUUUCGUCUCCUUAGGAAAUCCUUUUUUGGAUGUGUGGUGAAACGGGAAGUCUUAUACAGGUGGAAGUAGCCAUAGACAGCACAGUCGGGAUCGAAUCCUUUUGACUUCUCCGUCGCUUCGUCGCCACGGAAAUUUGGGGCGUCAGCCUUGCCUUCCCAUUCCGGGAGGAGUCCGCACGGGCCCGCUGCCAUGGCGACGCUGCUCCGCGGGGCCCUGCGCACGCACCCGCUACUCUUCGGCCGCCCCGGGUCUGCUGCAGAUACGCCCCUUCGGGCUGCAAGCCAUGGCGCCGGCCUGCUCUACCCCGACCAUAUCCCCACGUCCCCGCUGCAGAAGGUGCUGCUGGCUGCCGGCUCUGCGGGAAUGGCGCUUUACAACCCGUACCGCCAUGACAUGGUAGCAGUUCUAGGGGAGACCACAGGACGCCGAGCCCUGAAGACCCUCAGGGACCAGAUGAAGAGGAAUCCAGAGGGUAUCCAGAUCCUGCAGGAGCGUCCGCGGAUCUCAUUGUCCACCCUUGACCUGGGCAAGCUCCAGAGCCUGCCUGAGGGCUCUCUUGGCCAUGAGUAUCUCCAUUUCCUAGAUGUGAAUAGGGUCUCCCCAGAUACCCGCGUGCCCACCCGCUUUGCGGAUGAUGAAGAGCUAGCAUACGUGAUCCAGCGGUACCGGGAAGUGCACGACAUGCUCCACACCCUCCUGGGGAUGCCCACCAACAUCCUGGGGGAGAUCGUGGUCAAGUGGUUUGAGGCUGUCCAGACUGGCUUGCCCAUGUGCAUCCUGGGUGCACUCUUUGGACCCAUCCGACUCAAUGCCCAGAGAUUGCAAGUGCUGGUCUCGGAGCUGAUUCCAUGGGCAGUUCAGAAUGGUCACAGAGCUCCGUGUGUCCUCAACCUGUACUACGAGCGGCGCUGGGAACAGCCCCUGAAGGCUCUGCGGGAGGAGCUGGGCAUCACGCCACCCCCCAGGGAAGUGCAGGGCCUUACCUAGGCCCUGAGCAACUGAAUCAGGCGGGUCUGGUUUGCCUACCCCUGGCCUUCUCCCCACUGGGGACGGAAGGGUCCUUUGCCAUUACCUUUGUUCCUUUCCUUUGAACACUGGACAUCAUAGUUUGUCAUAACGAUCCCUGAAUGGUCUUGAAGGCCAACCCAGGAGGAAAUAGUCAUCUCCACGGGGCUUCCAGGGGAGCCAGGAGCUUCCCAAAGAGAAACACAUGUGAACAGGGAUUGGCUGUCUAGGCUUGUCCUGGGAUGUGUCAGGUUCACAACCCAGGGAUCCGUUCCAGACCCCUCACUGACAGCCAGGGUUUUUCUAGGGGCCAGGCUGGGCUGUCCCCACAGGAGUGAGGGCUACAGGCAACUGGCUCGAGGCAUGACUGUCUGAAUAAAGGGUCCCAUCAA